AUGAAUAAUAAUUCAGCACGUCGUUUUUCGUCUUCAAAUCAACAAUUAUAUAGUGACGAAUCUCCAACACCAGUCAAAUGGACUCCAAAGCCUACAGUGCCUGUAAAAAGUCAUCAAUCAAUAUCGCAAGAAGUAUCAUUGUUAAAAUUAAUUUUCGAUGGUCUUUCACUUGUACUUGUACUUUCGUUAUGGUUACUAUUAAAAUAUUUUGUAAAACCAUUUCGACGACCUUUUCUAUGCUCAGAUUUGGAUUUAUAUCAUCCAAAACCAGUAAAAACUGCUAUUUCAACAACACUUCUUUUUAUAUGUGCAGUUGUUAUACCAUUAAUUAUUAUACUUCUUUCUGAAGGUGUUCGUUGGUAUUAUUUAGUUCGUAGAAAAGUAGCACGUGUUAUUUAUAAAAUUCAAAUUCGUUCUCAUAUUUAUAAAAUUCCAGAAUGGGCAGGAAAUCUUUAUAUUAUUAUUGGAGUUUUUCUAUUUGUUCAUGGUGUUAAUUCAUUUUUAACAAAUGUUGGCAAAGUUUCUGCUGGUCGUCUUCGUCCACAUUUUAUACCAUCAUGUUUUGAAAAAUAUACUUAUAAAGAAUUUUGUACGGAUGCUAAUCAAUGGAUUGUUAAUUAUACAUGUAUUGGAGAAUCAAGCAUUGUUGUUAAAGAAAAAGAUGGAGCUUAUGAUAUUCGACAAUCAUUUCCAUCAGGUCAUGCAUCAACAGCUUUUUGUGGAUUAAUUUUUUUGGCUCUUUAUAUUCAUAAAGUUUGGAAUUAUCGUAAUAUUGGUUUAUUUCCAUAUGUUAUAGAAAUGAUUUGUUUUGCUGCAGCUUCAUAUAUUGGUAUUACACGUAUUACGGAUAAUCGUCAUCAUCCUACGGAUGUUCUUAGUGGAGCUAUUUUAGGAACUAUUAUGGCUGCUAUUGCUUUUCGCUAUGUGGUUCGUUCAUUUAAACGGUCAGUUUUAAUGGAUCUUGGUAAUGGACCAACAAACGAAGAAGUAGUACUUGGAAAUAUGUAG